GAAGGGGAAGCAAGCAGCUCAUAGCGGCAACAGCCGAGCAACGACGGCGGUGACCGGACAUGAACUUUAGCGAGCAGCUUACAACUUUUACUCAGAGUUUAGAGAGAGAGACGACGGAAGCAGCAGCAGCCGCUUCACUUCACCUCUACUCAGUCAGAGGGAACAAGGAAGUGAGGCGCAGGCAGACUCCCAGUUGUUUUCCUCCGAUUAUAUGGUGAACAAAUGUUGACACAUGGAGCAAGGAGUUUCUAGGCUGAAAUACCCUUCCAUCUACCUCAACAGCUCUCGCUUUACACUCGACCUACCUCGGCCUGUGCUGUGCUGAGUCCACCAUCAUCAGCGACCUCAGAAGAGGCUGGCGAAUCCCUUUUUGUUUCGUCAGCAGAUCUCUCCGGUAUCAGUCAACCAGCCGCUGUCAACGCUAGCAUCGCUAACGUGAGGGAGGGUUCUCCUGAAGGAGUCAUGUUUCGCCCAGGUUUGUGAUGUCCGAGCCCUGCAACGGACCCGGACCAGUUGAAGAACGGGGGCGGAUUCGUCGAGACGUACCCCGAUUUGUGAUUGGCUGUGAAGAGGAUGAGCAAGACAUGGGCCAAAUGGAGGCUGGCAUGAAGAACGAGAUGCUUCGUCAGGACGACAUGGAGGUGUAUGAAAAUGAAUCUCCGUCAGAGCGACAGAUCGUUGUGGGCAUAUGUGCCAUGAUGAAGAAGUCCAAAUCGAAGCCCAUGACUCAGAUCCUGGAGAGACUCUGUAAAUUUGACUACAUCGAUGUCGUCAUCUUCCCUGAGGAGGUGAUCCUGGAGGAACCUGUGGAGAAAUGGCCGCUCUGCGACUGCCUCAUUUCCUUCCACUCCAAAGGUUUUCCUCUUGACAAAGCUGUGGAAUAUGCUAAGCUCAGGAAUCCAAUGCUAAUCAAUGACCUCAACAUGCAGUAUUUUAUUCAAGACAGGAGGGAAGUGUAUCGGAUCCUUCAGGAAGAGGGCAUCGACCUGCCUCGCUACGGCGUGUUAAACAGAGACCCUGACAAUCCUGAAGAGUGUAACCUGGUGGAGGGGGAGGACCACGUGGAGGUGAACGGGGAGGUGUUCCCUAAGCCCUUUGUGGAGAAGCCUGUGUGUGCAGAGGACCACAACGUCUACAUCUACUACCCAACGUCUGCUGGGGGAGGCAGCCAGAGGCUCUUCAGAAAGAUUGGAAGUCGCAGCAGUGUCUACUCCCCAGAAAGUAACGUGCGAAAAACUGGAUCGUACAUCUACGAGGAGUUCAUGCCGACUGAUGGCACCGAUGUGAAGGUUUACACGGUGGGCCCAGAUUACGCCCACGCUGAGGCCAGGAAGUCUCCGGCCCUCGACGGUAAGGUGGAGCGAGACAGCGAGGGCAAGGAGAUCCGCUACCCCGUCAUGCUGACCGCCAUGGAGAAACUGGUAGCUCGCAAGGUCUGCCUCGCCUUCAAGCAAACAGUGUGUGGAUUCGAUCUGCUGCGAGCCAACGGCCAUUCCUACGUCUGUGACGUGAACGGCUUCAGCUUUGUGAAAAACUCCAUGAAGUACUACGACGACUGUGCCAAAGUCCUGGGGAACAUGGUGAUGAGAGAGUUAGCCCCCCAGCUGCACAUCCCCUGGUCCAUCCCCAUGGAGGCUGAAGACAUCCCCAUCGUCCCGACAACCUCAGGAACCAUGAUGGAGCUGCGCUGUGUCAUCGCCAUCAUUCGUCAUGGAGAUCGGACCCCAAAGCAGAAGAUGAAAAUGGAAGUCCGUCAUCCUCUUUUCUUUGAGUUGUUUAAGAAGUAUGGAGGAUACAAGACAGGCAAGCUGAAGUUAAAAAAGCCAAAACAGCUGCAGGAAGUGCUGGACAUCGCCCGCCUGCUGCUGGUCGAACUCGGUCAGCACAACGACUGUGAGAUUGAGGAGAAGAAAUCCAAACUGGAGCAGCUCAAGACGGUGCUGGAAAUGGAAUCCAGCUUGAAUGUGAAUCAGUACGGCCAUUUCUCUGGAAUCAACAGGAAGGUCCAGCUGACCUACCUUCGAAACGGCCAGCCUAAAGCCUCCAGCGAAGAAGAAGACUGUAAGAAGGACGGCCCGUCUCUGCUGCUGGUGCUGAAGUGGGGCGGGGAGCUGACGCCCGCUGGCCGGGUUCAGGCCGAGGAGCUGGGCAGGGCCUUCCGCUGCAUGUACCCUGGAGGUCAAGCCCGUAAUCGCCGGUCCCCUGGCUGCGAGUCCCCUGUUGACUUUGGUGACUUUGCGGGGUUUCCUGGCUGCGGCUUGCUGCGUCUGCACAGCACUUACCGCCACGACCUGAAGAUUUAUGCCUCUGAUGAAGGCAGGGUUCAGAUGACUGCUGCAGCGUUCGCCAAGGGCCUGCUGGCUCUGGAGGGCGAGCUGACGCCCAUCCUGGUUCAGAUGGUGAAGAGCGCCAACAUGAACGGACUCCUGGACAGCGACAGUGACUCGCUGACUGACUGCCAGCAGAAGGUGAAGGCCAGACUUCAUGAGAUCAUGCAGAAGGACCAAGAGUUCAUUCAAGACGACUUCCAGAAGUUGGCCCCGACCGGCAGUCCAUCACUGGUGAACUCAAUGAAGGUCAUAGAGAAUCCAGUCAAAACCUGCGACAAGGUUUACGCACUCAUUCAGAGCCUCACCUCGCAGAUUCGAAAGAGACUGGAGGACCCCAAAUCCGCAGAUUUGCAGCUGUACCACAGUGAGACGCUGGAGCUGAUGCUGCAGCGCUGGUCGAAGCUGGAGAGGGACUUCCGCAUGAAGAACGGCCGCUACGACAUCAGCAAGAUCCCGGACAUCUACGACUGCAUCAAGUACGACUCGCAGCACAACGCCUCCGUCGGCCUGGAGGACACGUUGGAGCUCUUCAGACUGUCCCGCGCUCUGGCCGACAUAGUCAUCCCACAGGAGUACGGCAUCAAUAAAGCGGAGAAGCUGGACAUCGCUCAGGCGUACUGCGUCCCUCUGAUGAAGAAGAUCUACCUGGACCUGCAGAGGACCCACGAGGACGAGGCCGUCAACAAGCUGCACCCUCUGUAUUCCCGCGGAGUGAUGUCUCCUGGUCGCCACGUUCGCACACGACUCUACUUUACGAGCGAGAGCCACGUCCACUCCCUGCUCAGCAUGUUUCGCUACGGAGGACUUCUAGAUGAGGUGAAGGACCAGCAGUGGAAGCAGGCGAUGGACUACCUGAGCGCCGUGACUGAACUCAACUACAUGACGCAGAUCGUCAUCAUGCUGUACGAAGACAACAACAAGGACCCGUCCUCGGAGGAACGUUUCCACGUGGAGCUCCACUUCAGCCCAGGUGUCAAAGGGUGUGAAGAUGAGGAGAACGUGCCGCUGGGUUUUGGUUUCCGCCCCGCCUCAUCAGAGAAUGAGGACAAAAAGCCCAAUCAGGGAAGCCUGGAGGAUCUUUCCCAGGAUCAGACGGAUGAUGCUCUUCAGGUCACAGAGCUCAUCAACCUGCAGAGACGCUCUCCAAUGAUCCGCAACCGCAAGACGGGCUCCAUGGAGGUCCUCUCUGAGACGUCGCCCAACCAUUCCUCCAAAGGCUGCACAUCCCACAGGCUCUUCCAGUCGUGUUCCCGCCAGUCUCCUGAGAUCAAACCAGCCGGAGGUUUAGUCCCUUCCUCUUCUCUCUCUUCUUUCCAUCGCCUCACCCUCCUGUUUCUCAUGGCUGCAUAGCUUUCAGUUCAACUUAGCGGCAGCACAAACAGGAUCAGACUCCAAACUAUUCAGGCAAGAGGUCAGCUGUGAGUCGAGUCGUUCGCAGCCAACAUCAGGAUCUCUUUGUCACAGGACUCUUACAGACGUUCCGACACUCCCUGUGGAAAAUAAACGUUCAGCGCAAGGCUGCAGGUUUUAGCUGACCGCUGUUUUACCCAGGAAGCUAUUAUCAUAAGAUCAAAUUAAAUGCUCUCAGAUUACUGGUCACUGAUUUAAAUUUAAUUGAAACACUUACGACAUCUCGCUUUGCAAAAGUACUUAUAGCCCUUAAACGGGCAGUGUUAUGCAUUUUCCAGGUACAAAUGCCAUUUCACAGCACAAUGGAGUGCAAUGUUAUUUGCAUAAAAAUGAUAUAUUACUUAACAGAAAUUUGACUUUGCAAAUUAAAGCCUUGAAAUUGGGCCUCUGUCCCUUUAAGAAGCUCCUGCUCUUUCUGAAACUCCGCCUUCUGGAAGUCGUCCCAACAAACGAUCUCCGUUAAGCAGGCGACAUACCAUCAUUCAUGAUUGCCAUGGCAAUUGAAGGAUGUCUCAAACACUCGUGAAAGAGUGAAGACAACACUCCAGGCUUGAUUUUGCUGUGGGAAUAACUUAAAAAAAGUCGAUUUUACACAAUACCGCCCCUUUAAGCAUAUUAGCACAUCGACACUUCAAUGUUGGUUCACUUGAUUUCCUAACUUUAUGUCGGUCUAUCAGGUAAAAUUGACAUAAGACACUUCUGCACCACACUGCAGUUUUAAACUGAUGUAGUAUAUGAUACUGAAGAGGCAAAUUUCACCCGAUCGAUACGAGUUGAAUCACUUUCACUGCAUUAGGAUACAGAGAAACGCCCAGGCCUCAGUGUUGCAGACCAGCAUGUAAUGGUGAAUAAGUCUUCUCGUUUUAACAGCAGCAAUUAGCUUUUUCAGGAAUCUUUUUAAUCUACAAAUUUAAGUUGUGAAUGUUAAUUGUUUUUCCCGCCUUCCAGUGUUUUAUUUUUUCAUUGAAUGACAAAUGGGAUCAUCUGCAGCACAUCCCAGUACACAGGGCCAGGUUUAUUUGUCACGUGAGACUUUAAUGAAUUGUCAGACGUUUACAGUUGAACAGAAAAACUAAUAAAUUAGUUGGAAGGAUAAAUAAUGAGAAAGGUGGAAUAACCUGGCCUCUUAAAUUUGUGGAAACUAAAACUUUGCUUGUUUCAGCAAAAAUAAUGUAAAUCUGGAAAGGUUUGACAACAGAACUGUUAAGGUUCUCCAUAAUUGAUGGUCACUGUGAACCUAAAAUGACUAAAUGUUAAUUAAUCACAAGCUGCUUCAACAAAGUAUUAGCACUUCAGAAAAACACGUCAGUCAAGAUGAAACAAACCCAGGUAUAAACAUAUUCCUCUACAUUUUACCAAAUAGUUGCUGAUUCUAUUCCUCCUUCUAUUCCAUAUAAACUGGUGUUGAUGCAGUUUGAGUUUGACAACAGUAUAUUUUUUAAAAUCUUUUUCUCGGUCUAUCACAACUUCAAAGAAUACUUCAAGGGCUUUUCCCGUCUGAGCUCAGCGUUUCCAGGGGAAUUUAACGUCUAGUAAGCCUCACAAAAUGGCAACACUCUCAGGCAGGAGUCUGCUGCCUAAUCGGAGCCGCGUGGAGGCAACCAUAAAUGCAGGAAUGUGACAUCAGAGGGACAGAAAGGCUUUCUACAAAGUGUUCUUCAUUAGCACGCCAACAGCUUCCCUACUUAACUACUCGAUGUCACCUGGACGACUCCGCUUGUCUUUUAAUUAAAUUCAACUUGGCUCUUCUGAAUAAACAGAAGUUUCUAUUAAGCCUCGUUGUCACUGUUUCACUUUUUUUCUUUUUUUUUUAAGGUUGAGGUUAAAGGUACGUCUUACCAAUAUGUUAUGAAGAGACGAGCGAUCAGCUGUCUGAAAGCAGCUGAAAGCUUCACAGUAUCUCUUUGUGAAUGCUCUGCUGCACCAAGGUGACUGAGGACAGAACCACCUGCUUGGUUUCCUUCAUUAUGUCUGAACAAAAUGUUAGCACAUUAACAGGCCGCAGAAACAAUCCUGCUGCCAUCUGGGGCAAAUGCAUGAUGGCAAAUGUUCGUACCGCUUCAGCGCUAAAUUUAUCAGGCGUUGCAUUGAUUACUUUGAUUAUAUACAGUGACUUUCAGAAGUAUUCAUGCCCCAUCUAGGGCAGGGCCACAAAUUGAUUGUAUCUGUUAAUCAAAUUUUUGGUUUUUGAAGAUUUAUGUUUUUGGAAAAUCUGGAUUUUAUUUUUUUUCUUUUUCACCAAAAAACCUUUGAAUUCAGGUCAAUAAUUUUUUUUUUUUUUAGCUUUUUUAAUUGCAAGAAUUAGGUCAUAUGGCAAUACUAGAAUAAAUCCAAAUGGCAAAGUCAAAAUAAUAAAGGCUUAAUAUUAGGUGGUAGUUUCAUCAGAAAAAAAAAAUAUAUUAAGUUCUUCUAACUUUUUUUCUUGUUAAAUACAACUUUUUAUUCAUAA